AUGCGAUCCAUCUUCCUCCUUUGCCUCGCUCUCAGCACUACCGUCCUGGCUAGCUCAUCCAUCUCCUACAACAAAUGGGUUGCGAGUCUUCCCUCAUGCAUGCAACCCUGCUUCAACACCUUCUUUGCGAAUAUUGCUGAAACCAAAUGCGGCAAAGGUGCCAGCAGCAGCACCAAGCCAUCCGACAUCCACUGCAUCUGCCAAUCAGGGACCUUUACCUCGAGUAACGGGUAUGCGCCAUCCAUUGCGGACUGUGCAUCCGCAUUAUGUCCGGAUGCAGAGUCUCAGCUGCAAACUGUACUGGGCUCAUAUACUCAGUUAUGUUUGAGUCAAGUCAAUUCAGAUGGAUCGGUGCCGAGUCUAGGGAGCACAACGGCAGUGUCGGGCUUGGAUGCAAUCCUUGUGUCGGGCGGUAUUGCCCUUCUUCAAUGUGUAUUAUAG